CAGGCGAUCCCCGGUGCGCGAGCCGCCUGCUCUUUAAGCAGUUUGGUAGCGCGGGGCUGAUCGACGUGUUGUAUGCUUUCCAUCGCUUGUUUGGCUAUUAUUUUUUUUGAAAGCAACAGCAAUCUUGCACAAAUUAGACCGGAGAUUUGAACCACGAUAAUACACAACAGCAUUUUGUUUUGUGAUAUGCAAUAGAAUGCAAAAUCUGUAUGUGUGUAACGCAGAUCUUAUCUUCAAACAAUGAGGAGUACAAGAUGGGAAAUUCAUAUGCUGGGCAACUGAAGACAACCCGUUUUGAAGAAGUUCUGCACAAUUCUAUUGAAGCCUCCCUCCGUUCAAACAGCUUGGUCCCGAGGCCUGUGUUUUCCCAGUUAUAUCUCGAGGCUGAGCAUCAAUUAAUCUCAAAUUUUGAAGUUAGUAAUGCAGCUUGCAAAAAACCAAGCAACGAAGAGGAGGAAGAGGAGGAAGAUGAUGGCUCAGAGUCCAGCAGUCCCCUCGUGCAUUAUCAAAUGAAGGCUGCCCCAGAAGGAUGUUGUACCACUGAUGGCUUCUGUCAGGCAGGAAAGGACUUGCGACUUGUUUCUAUGUCAAAGGAGCAGAUGGAGUUGCCAUCGGGAUUCUUGCUUGUCGGUGCUAAGUCUCCGAACCUUCCAGAGCACCUUUUAGUCUGUGCUGUGGAUAAGCGAUUUUUACCAGAUGACAAUGGUCGAAAUGCUCUAUUGGGAUUCUCUGGAAAUUGCAUUGGCUGUGGUGAGAAGGGAUUUCGGUACUUUACGGAGUUUUCCAAUCAUAUCAACUUGAAGUUAAUCACGCAACCCAAGAAACAAAAGCACCUGAAGUGCUAUCUGAUUAAGAAUGCACAGGGCAGUCUGACGAAAGGGCCCUUAAUCUGCUGGAAGGGCACAGAGGGCAGAAUGCAACAAUCAGGCUCGAGUUCCACCUCUAGUGUUCCCUCACAACCUCCUGAGAGCCCAGCCUCAUCGACUACUGUGUCAUCAGCAGAAGGCAUUUCCGGUACCAAUCAGAGUACGUCAACUGGAUUUCAGCAAGCAGGUUCACCAGCAGAUCCGGCUCUUGCUCGAGCAGGGGUUUCUGUAACUCAUAACAACAGAGAAUUAUCCAGACACAAAAAUGCAAUGAAGGCCAAUGAUGUGGCCACGCAGAAUACAUCAAGGCCUUCAGUGAUAGGCAAUUUAGCUAAUUCAGGUCCUCCUAAGAAGCGCCACAGGGGUUGGUCACCAGAUUCCCCAUCAGCAACAGAGACGAGUUCCAAUCAAAGUAAUCUACCGGCACAGAAUUCAAGCAGCAAAACUGAACUUGCGGAAUUGACUUGUGGGACUCAGUCUAGCCACUUAGGAUCAAAUCCUUCUCCACUUACAGUCUCAGAAGACCCCGUGAUUGUUCCUGACAAUUUACUAAAAAUCUGUGGGACCCGACUGGUAAUUUUUAAAGGCCAUGGAAGCUUUCCUUACCUUUGUGGUAAUCUGAGUGAUGUAGUGGUUAGUCCAUUGCUACAGAAUUGCUAUGGAAACACCCAGUCUUUACCCAGAGUAUAUGAGCAGCAUUGUACAUCUGUGACCACAGUAGUGUCUGUAGAGAUGCAGAUUUUACUAACAGUGUACUAUCUAGUUCAACUUGAACCUGAUCAGGUGCCUUUGAUUGAGGAUUUGGAACACAUUUUGGUGAGAGCAUGGCAGGAAUCGAAUCUUACCGAAACCAAACAUUACCAGCAAGCUGUUUCUCAGUCAGUACCGUGCGUGUCGUCACAGGCUUUGGCUGUCACCUCAAAGCAGCUCACCUGGUUGGCCAAAUUAGCAGCCAGUUCCUGCAAGAAUGUUGUCAAGAUCGUUGAUUGGACAAAUUCAUUGGCGGAGGGUCUCACAGAAACAUUCAAACUUCUCAGUGAGGGGAAAUUGCAAGGAAAUAAUUUUGUCGUAAUCAUUUGCACCACGAAAAACCAAAGCACUGAGUCAUGUGUGGUGGUAACAGGAAAACGUCAGGCUGGAUUUUUGGCCGGCAGAAUGCUCGGUCCAAAAGAACAUCUGAAAGAAAUUAACUAUGAGCUUGUCACUGGGAAAAUUGGGGAACUUGGAACUUUCUUCAGCAGCCUUUGUCCAGAUGGUGACCUCGACACACUCUUAGAAAAGUGCAGUGUUAUCGGAAAUGGUCACGGUGCUGGUUUUGGUGUUUCAUUGAAUAAAUUUGAUGAUGCCUCGGCUCAAAGACCAACGAUUUGUUCAGUUUCAAACAAAGAAACGUGUCAGAUUCAUCCCAUUCAGCUUGCUGUGGCUCGAAAGCUGUUAUCCCAUGUCUGCGCUAUUGCUGAUUCCAGCACACAAAAUCUGGAUCUGGGCUCUUUCGAAAAUGUAGACUUCCUUAUUUUGGUGCCUCCAUCAGAAGUGGCUUACCAGCAGACAGUGCUGCGUGUCAGGCAGUCAGGGAUACUGGUGGAACUUGGAUUGGAGGCAGAAUCUGUUGCAAGUCAAAGUGCGGAACAUUAUGUCAUGAAACUUACUGCAGAAGAUCAGAGCAAGUUUGAAGCUUUUCAGCAAAGAGUAUUAAACAGCCCUUACACACUGUUCAUACUGAUCCAUGACCACGCGCACUGGGAUUUGACAAGUGGAGGAGCAGUUCCACGAAGUGAACCAUUCCUGGGCGUAGCAGACAGAAUCAUAAACAGCAAUGAAAUGAAAGAAGCACUGAACGUCUUAACACUCCAAGUUACGUCUUUCCCCUUUGCUUUCCAAACACAGCAGACCUACAUCAGCCCCUAUAAUGAGAUCCAUUGGCCUUCAUCCUGGAACAAUGGAGUGGACUUGUAUCAGGAAGACAACAAAUACUUUGGGCUUUCAGACUUGAUUGAUUCCACAUACUCUGGUCACAGGCUUCCAUUGUUGAGAUAUGACAGUUCAUUUGAGGCAAUGGUUACUGCAGUACAAGAAAGGUUUCCCACAGUGCACAGUGCAGUGAUAUGGACAUACAUUUUAAUUCAGCAUUACUCUGCGGCCAUGAUGGUAACUGCAGGGCACUCGCAGAUGAAGAACUAUUCUUCUGUGGAAACAUUAGAGAUAAUUCAAAGCCUUAUUAACUCCCCAAGGAGCUGCCCAGGUCGUCAUGGUUACAUGGUUUUACUCAGGAUUCCUUCGGUUUCUCUGGCUGCACUCGCUUAUGAACGAUUAUGCCAAGUUAGGUGCCGUCUUAGCCUGCAGUGUAGAUUUGAAAUCAUUCUUGGAACACCAAAUGCAAAGAUCACUAUUGACCAGCACUUUGUGAAACAACUGAAGGGCUGGCACAGGAUAGAAGAUCCUGAUUGGGCACCUCAAACCUACUUGGAUCUCGAAGACCUACCAUGCAUACUUAUCCUGUCUGGCACCGAUCAUUAUGGAGAAUCUUUUCCAAGAUCUGCAAAAUACUAUGACUUGCGUUUAAUAAAUUCAACUUGUCUUUUGCGAACGGCUCUGGAACAAGAACUGGGUCUGGCUGCUUGUUAUAUAGUGCCUGAUGCCUCUGGGCAAACAGGUACAAUGAAUGAUCUCUCUGAGAGUGACCUAGACAAGCCAGGCAGCACUAAUGAUGAUGAAGAGAGUGUUGCAAAUGAAGCGCCAACAGUUGGAGACUCGAUUAAAAAAAAUGGCAUUAAGCGACAACGUUCCUAUUCUAAUCACUCGGCUUCAUCCAAAUCACCGAAAGCUUCAAGUAGGAAAAGCAUGAUCGGCGACAAUGAUCCUUUCUCGGUCUCUGGAGCUGAAGACUCUGCAAAAAAUCCAUUGAAUGUUGAAUCAGUUAAUGUUGAGGACAGUACUCUAGUCAGAGAGAUGUCAAAGCCAAGAGCAGACAACACUGGGAAGAUGUCUAUCCAUGAGACUAAACAUUUGGAAAAACAUAGAAUUAAUUUAGAUCAAAUUAACACCAACAACAAAAGUGCAAGGAGAACUUCAAAGACUAUUUCUUCAAACGCUUCCUUUACUCGGACUCCAAUUAUAGGGCAGAUGUCAUCGCAGUGCCCAAAGACAAAAGGAGCAAGUCAGCCACCAACUGUGUUUCUCCCAAAAUUGGUCCAUGAGAUAGUUACUAAAGUGGAUAGUGCUGGAGUGGCCAAAUUAUCAUCUUUCCUCCCUCACCAUUCUGUUCAGUGGGUUACCUCCUUUCAUCCUUCGUUGGCUAAGAUGAUGACUUCCACCGAACAAUCCCUGUACUAUCGCCAGUGGACAAUAGCUAAGCAAAACCAUAUGGAUUUGAACAAGACGCAGACUAGAACCGAGGUCUUUCAUCCCCGCAGACUUCUUUUGAGUGGUCCACCACAGGUGGGGAAGACGGGAGCUUAUUUGCAAUUCCUUAAUAUUUUGUCGAGGAUGUUGAUUCGACUGAUGGAAGUAGAUGUUUAUGAUGAAGCAGAAAUUAAUCUCAAACCCAAAGAGCAUUCUGCAUCACAACAGAAAGAAAGCUUAUUGUGGCCUGAUUUGGAAACUUUCAGCAAAUUGGCCUUCGACUACACUGUCCAUGAUCCAAAGUAUGAAGAUGCUAGUCCCGUUUAUUCAAGAGACCUUGCCAACAAUAAAGGGUAUUUAACCAAUAAGAAAGACGAUGACGUCUACCUGCGGCGCCACACAACACGUCUAAGAUUAUCCAAAUAUGCUGCCUACAAUACAUAUCAUCACUGUGAGCAGUGUCAUGAAUACAUGGGUUUCAAUCCCAGAUGCCAGCCAUACGACUCCACACUCCAUGCCUUCUGCUUUUCCUGUUCAAUGCUGGGAGAGGAAGUCCAACUCCACUUCAUUAUUCCCAAAUCAAAAGAACAUAAUUUUAUGUUCAGCCAACCCGGAGGGCAGCUGGAGAGUAUGAGGUUGCCACUUGUUACUGACAAGAAUUCAGACUGCAUAAAGAGUCCAGUCUUUACACCAACAACAGGACGUCAUGAACAUGGUCUCUUCAAUCUGUAUCACGCUAUGGAUGGUGCUAACCAUUUGCAUGUGCUGGUUAUCAAGGAAUACGAGAUGUCAGUCUACAAGAAAUAUUGGCCAAACCACAUCAUGCUAGUCCUACCCAGCAUCUUCAAUAACUCUGGAGUUGGUGCAGCUCACUUUUUGAUUAAAGAGCUCUCCUACCAUAAUUUGGAACUGGAACGUAAUCGUCAAGAGGAGCUUGGAACUAAACCUCAAGAUGUGUGGCCAUUCAUUAUCAUUGCGGAUGACUCGUGUGUGAUGUGGCACAGCCUCAAUACUGAAAUCCCAAAGAACUCUUCCAGUGUAUCUGCUGAACCGAAAGUUGUAGAGCGAAAUGUUUCUUUGAAGCACGUCCUCCAGCACAUUGAAGUGACUACUCAGAUCCCACGCUAUGCCCUUUGUGGUUUCCGGAAGUGGUCCAGUAAAGUAAGCAGUCCAUACCUUACGGAGCCUUUCUCUCGCUGUCAUCUACAUGACUUUUUGAUGCUGAAUGUGGAUUUGACUCAAAAUGUCCAGUACAAUCAGAACCGAUUUACCUGUGAUGAUGUGGAUUUCAACCUCCGAGUCCACAGUGCCGGUCUUCUUAUCUGUCGUUUUAAUCGCUUCAGUGUUAUGAAGAAACAAAUUGCCAUUGGCGGACACAGAACAUUUCUCAUCAAGUCAAAGAUUCCUGAUGUACCUAUGUCCAUAUCUCCAUCUCAGUACAUCUGUGCUCCAGACAGCAAACAUACAUUUUUAGCUGCACCAGCCCAGUUACUGCUCGAAAGAUAUCUGCAACAAACCAGCAACAACCUUUUCCCGUUGUCUAUGCAGAACGACAGUCAUCCAGUGCUGUCAAUAGAUUGUUAUCUUAACCUGGGACACGAGAUUACAGUUUGCUUUGUGAGCUCCCGUCCUCAUUCUUUAAAUAUCAACUGUUCCGGCCUUGCUUUCAGCGGCCUCCUCCUGUAUCUCUGUGACUCAUUUGUCACAGCGAGUAUUUUGAAGAAAUUCAAUUUUCUGAAAGGUGCCACACUCUGUGUCAUUUGUCAAGAUCGUAGUUCUCUUCGGCAGACUGUUGUAAGACUGGAGCUGGAGGAUGAGUGGCAGUUCAGGUUAAGAGAUGAAUUCCAGACUGCUAACUCGCAAGAGGAUAAGCCACUCUUUUUUCUGACUGGACGACAUAUCUGAGGAAUGAAAAUUCCCCGGUAAAACAUACACUACAAAAAUAAGCACUCCAGAAAUAACACAAUUUUGUUUUGAGCUAUGAACAUAUUUCAAUGUCUAAACCAGUGGGGUUUUUUUUAAAGAAACUAGGUAGAAUGGUACCAAAUCAAAUGUAAAUACAUCAAGAAAAUUCCUGUAGCCAUUCAUCUAUCUUAUGCACUGCCUUAAAUUUUUUUUUUUAAGAGAAUUUUUGAAAUGUCUUUACUUGCCUGAAUUUGAGACAGAUGGUUAACUUCAAUAUUUGAUAUACCUUAGACUAAAUGAUUUUACAUUGCAUCUGGUUUAAAACAUCAAGGCUUGAAUCUCAGCUCUGCUGUUCGAAAGGAAAUCAGGAAGUGGGCCCUCCUGGCCAGUUACUGUGCUAGUUUGUGGCAAAUCUGCACUUUAGGACCACUGAACUGUGAGAAGAAAAAUGAGUCACUGAACUCUCAAGUAACACCUCAAGCACUAUCAAUCCUGAUGGAUAUGGCAUAGAGUCGUACGUAGACUAAGAAUCAUUCCUUCCAAUAAUUUCAUUGCAAUGGUGUUGUUCAGUUUUAAUUUAGAGAUGCAGCAUGGAAACAGGCCCUUUGGACAAACCAAGUCUGCGCCGACCAGCGAUCACUAGCACUAUCCUACACACUAGGGACAAUUUUAUGAUUUUUUUUGUACCAAAGCCGAUUAAUCUACAAACCCAUUUGAAUUGUGUGAGGAAACCAGAGCACCCGGAGAAAACCCAUGCAUCACGGGAAAAACAUAGAAACUAUGCAGAGAAGUCUCCCGUAGUCAGGAUCGAACCUGGGUCUCUGUAUGGCAACAGCUCAACCACUAUGCCACCAUGCAGUUGAUGGUUGGAAGUACAUUUCCAAUUCUAUCAUUUUAGUUUUAUUUCUGCAAGAUCUGUGAUAAUUUCAAUUAGAUAUGAGCAAUUUGAAUACAAAGCCUGAAUUUAUAAAAAUGUACUGCCUCCUAAAUUGUAAGCUUUUUUUUUGUUAUAAAUGCUACAUCCCUCAGACAGUUAGCAACAUAAACAUGUGGGAAUUAACUGAGAUCGAGAAGUCAUACUAAAAACUGGCAGUCAGUUUUGGUAUCUGCUGUUAGAAAACUUUUUUCCAUCUUGACAAAAUAAUGCAGAGAUUGGGAUAUAUUUUUAGGCCUAAAAAGUUGAAUUAUUCCUAUUUAAGAAAUUGUUGCCCAAUUUCUGGAGUGAAUUCCUUGAUCAUGUUGAAGACAACAUGAAAACGCUCUUUGUGAGCUUUGUCUGACUGACUGAGGAGUACAAUACAUUGCUAAUAAAUAAUGAAGCCUAUAUCUUCCAUCAUUUGCUGCUUUAGUGUUGUAGCUCAUUGCAAGAUCAUACCUUGGUUUAUCCACCUUACUCCUCUGGCAAUUUCUCUUCCAUUGAGUACCAUAGAAACAUAGAAAAUAGGUGCAGGAGUAGGCCAUUCAGCCCUUUGAGCCAGCACCGUCAUUCAAUAUGAUCAUGGCUGAUCAUCUAAAAUCAGUACCCCGUUCCUGCUUUUCCCCCAUAUCCCCUGAUUCCUUUAGCCUCUAAGUCCAACUCUCUCUUGAAACCAUCCAGUGAAUGUCUUAUUUCAUGUUUCCACCUUUUUGUAACCUGACUACCAAAUACAAAUUCUCACAGAAGUAUGUUCAUUGCUCUCUUCCAUCAGCCUCUGCAAAAUCAAACUCAAUUCAUUUUUCUUGAUCCUCUAAAAUUAACUGCCCUCCUACCAUCCCACAAUUUCUCCCUCCACAUAAACCCCCAUUCAUAUUUUCAUAUGUUCACAUUGUUCACAAGGCCAUCUCAGAUCACUUCCUUAUAUUGCUCUCAUCCUUAUGCUAAUUCUAGGUUUCCUUCAGGACAGAGGAAGCUCCCCAGUUCCUGAACAACUUUACAAUUCCAAAUGUGUGGCCUUGGGCUGUUCAUUGACCAUGUGAUAUCUGAUGUUAAUGAUCUACACAAUGAACAUGUCAAUUCCAUCUUUAAUUAAUUAAUCCAUAUUAAAAAAGUAUUAGUCCUCAUCACCCUUCAUUACCCUAUUUGUUCUCACCCACCAUUACCACAAGUAUAGGCCUCAUCUGUACUUCAUUAGGUCCAAGGGGAUUAGAAUUCAUUUGUUUUGGUUUAACAAAUGGUUUAUUCAUCCAUGCACUUAUAGUUCAAUCAGGGUCAGGCUGAGGAAGUAGUGGACUAGAUUCAAGCUAUUAAGGUGGAGGAGUUAAAAUAAGACAAGCUUUAGGGGUAGGGAUACUAUAUGGUUUCCUGUCAGUUCCCUCCAACCAUCUAGCAUCAAAGUAAAACAAUAUAUUCUCAUCUGAGGUAAUGCCUUGAAUUCAUUUGAUGAGUACCUGGCAGGCAGAUAGUUCUUGUUUCCUUUUGUCAUAAUUUCUCCUAAUUCCCAAGUUGACGUGGUAAAGUGACAAUUGUUCUAUUGUAUUCAGAUCCCCAGUAUAUUUCUGCAACAUUUGUUAUUCAUUCUGUUCCAUGCUAUUUCCCUGCAUUUUAACUGCAUUCAUCUUUGAUUCUAAGCCAAAGUAUUUAGUGUCAGGCCUUGUGCAUAAGAAAUUCAGAUAAUCAUCGCAACAUUAUUUCGUAACAUUUCUGUGAAAUGUUAAUUCAACUUUUGUUUGCCAUCACUCUAUUAGUUUAGACGACACAAUAUGACCAUUAUAUCUGAAAGGGAAAUAUAAUAGCUGGCAAAUACAAAGAAAAUACUUGACUGAUGCAUUAUAACAUAUUAAAAAAUAAAAAAGGCACUAUUAUUUUGCCUCCUAUAUGUUCCUUGGCAUUUAUUAACUGAAAUUGGAUCACACCUUGCCACUCCAAUUACAUUUCCCCACCCAACAGUGAGAAAUAGUUCUUGUUACUACCAGCUGUGGGGAUCCCAUUGUAUUGUUACUUGAUUUAGAUUGCUCCUCCAAUUUCUUGCUUAUUCCUACCCUCUGUCCUGGAUUCCUGCUGCCUGGUGCAUUUUUCAUAAAUUUUUGGCAGGUUAUUUUGACAUUGAGGUAAUUGCACAAAACCCAAAUUAUCGUCAUUAUUCAGAUUAUUUGCGUCAAGUGUUACUGGUUAACAGCCUAAAUUUAAAAUCCCAUAUCCGAUUUUGUUCUCUUGUAGACAGUCCUGUAAAGGACCAUCUUGGUAGCUUUGAUGUCAACUAAGAUUUGAUGAGCUAACAGUACAAUAUGGAUAUCAAAGGUAUGCGUGGUUUCCAAGUGAGCUAAAUGCUGGUCUUGUACUCUUCCACAAACUCAUAAAACUAUAUAAAAAAAUUACUUCAAUAUAAAAUUACUGCUUGGACCUGUAUCAGAAGUAAAGAGUAGCGGCUGGCAAAAGGAUUUUUUAAUACACUAUUAUUCCCUGUGGUCACAAAAAUAUCCAAAAUGGCCAUUGUGAUGAGCCUUUCCUAUAAAUUAAUUUAUUUUGUUUGGUACCAACUAUAUCAGCAAGACAAACAUUAGAAAUUCCUUAAAGGCAGAAAAAGGUGAUACUUGCUUUAUGUUUUCAGAAGUACAAUCAUUCCGUUUUUAAAAUCUUUCUAAUGUAAAUAUUUGAAGGCCUUUUCUGACUUCUAGGUUUGACGUCUUUGGGGAUUAAAGUCCAUAUUUCUCACAAAAUAUUGAAUCAGUAUUUUUUUUUAAUUGUUGGGAUGAAUCUAUUGCAGGACCUUUUUGUAAACAUUUCAUUUUAUCAAAUCAUUACCUUUUUUACAGAGUGAAUUUUCUAUUUAUAAAUAUAUUUGUUUCCAAGAACAGUGUUAAAGUAAUUCCAGCAUGAAGGUUUGAUUAUUUUUUAAUUGCUGCUGAUGCUACUGAUGGGUUUCAUAUAUUAACAAGCAACAUGUGUAUAUAUAUAACCAAAAAGGUCCUUUAAUCAUACCUUGUGCUCAAGCAAUUUACAUUCAUGGCACAUGUUUGAAUAUGAGCUGUGAUACAGUCAUGAUUAAUGGGGCCUCGUGUCUCACUGCCUUAAUAUUUGUAUAAUUUUGUGAAAGUAAUUCAAUGUGCACAACAGAAAAGAAUCACUGCUUUUAUUUAUGGAAUUUUAAGUGUUUAAAUGUCGCUUAAGAUUUGACAAUUUAAAAAAAACAUGUUCUCCAGAUAAUCUGCAUUCUUAUGAAGAGUGCUGAUGCUUUUAACUUGUCUAAACCCAAUGUAAAUUUAAAGAUUGUUGGAUAAAUCACAACAUCUACAUGAACAUAUGAAUUGGGUGCAUUGGCCCCUCAAGCCUGCUCAGCCAUUCAAACAACUCAAAUCCACAUUGAUCUCCGAUUGUGGUAACCCUUCAUCCUUUUGAUUAUCAAGUAUCUAUCAACUUUUGCCCUAAACAAUAAUCAAAGGCUUCCCUAAAGACCAUCAACCCUCAGAAAAAUAAAAAAAUCUACCACGUUCUGGGUUAAAUGUUGAACUGUUCUGAAUCCACUCACAACACAUCCACAGUCUCUCUCUCCAGCCCUUAGGAGUGCAUGUGCUUCAGUAAGACCCCACUGCCUCGUCUAAACUCCACUGUAUAUUAAGCCUAAUCUGGCCACUCUUUUCUAAUAAAACAAACCACAAUUGGAAGUACUAAUCCAGUAAACCCUCUCUGAAUUGAAAAGCACUCUAUGAAACAUGGACAUUACUAAUUAUACGGUAUAUUAUUUAUCCUUAUUGCCCCCAAACUGAUGAGGCAGCAGAGUCCACACACUGGAUCUGCAGUCAUAAAUGGGUGGGGUCAGUAAAGAUGAGGAUUUCCUUCUUAUGAAGGAUGUUGGUGAACCAGAAAGAAUUUUACUACAAUCCAGUAGUUUCAUGAUUCGUGUUGCUGAAACCAACUUUUGUGUCAAAUUCUGGAAGGAUUUGAUUGCUCGAAGUUAAAAUCCCCCUGCUGCCUUGGGAGAUUUAAAUUCUCCUCUUGGAACCAAUGCUCCAGAACUGUUCAGCUAGUACAAUAAUUUACCCACUAUACUAAUGUAACAAAAAGCAUUGAAAGCCCCUUUGGUUACCAUUGGGGUUGCAGGUAUUACAGCUGUCUCACAGCUCCAGCAACCUGGCGUUGAUUCUGAUCUCUGGUGCUGCCCAUGUGAAGUUUGCUCACUCUCUGUCACAACAUUGGUUUCUCCUUGGCAUUCUGGCUUUUUCCUACAUCCCACAGACGUGCAGGUUGGUGAGGUAUAUGGCUGUAAUAAAUCCACCUUGUAUAGAUGGCUGUUGGGAAAAUCAGGGAUUAGUUCAGUUGCAUGUGAGGGAAAAUGAAGAUCAGUGGGGAAAUGAGAUUUCUGUGGAAGUUGGCAUACUGAAAGAGCUGAAUAGCCUCCUAUUAUGAAAUUUUGGUCAAAAAAGGCGCAUUUAAAAACAUUAUUUACCUGUGGUAGCAGUUGCACCUGUGGAUGCUGCUGCAAAUAGCAUUUGGUUUAGAGAUCUCUCGUGGAUACAGUUCCUGAGAGCCAGCAUGCAAUUCCAGUACGUAGACUCUAGGUAGCAGCAGAGGCACAUUUAAACUGUUGGAAGAUCACAAUGUUCAGUCCAAAGACUGAAGGGGAGGGGGGAAUCUUGGAUGAGCAAAUUCUCAAAUAGAAAUGUAAUUAGAUGAACUUUAAAAUCACCUCACCUUAAGAGAAUAAAACAAGUCCAUGUAAAAUUUUCUAAAAAUGUUCAUCCAUUAAUUUCAGAAUGCACAGCCCAGUGACACCCUGCUUGCUCAUCUUAAUCCUGUAUUCUAGUUUAUUCCAAGACAGGAAGAGAGAUUGGUUGUCAAAUUGUACAGUCAACACACACCCCUAGUGAAAGUUCCAAUUUUUAAUCCACAAACUGAUGAGCCUCAAUAUGACACCUCUUCCUGAAAAGAAUAAAGUGCUGGAGCAUCUCAGACAACAAGUCUUCUGGCAUUCUUCCCUUUAUUCCAAUCCAUCUGAAGGAGGGCUCUGACCGAAGCUUCACGUGUCAAUGUUGUCCAGCGAUGCUGCCUGACCUGCUGAGUUACUACAGCACCUUGUGUUUUUUUUUGUAAUCCAGCAUCUGCAAUUCCUUGUGUCUACCUGCUUCCUCAAAUUAGUGUCCCUAAAGAAAACCCGGUCAUUGGUCAUUCAAUGAAAAUUGCUCUCAAUGUGCCAACACUAGUCAUAAACCUCUGUAGAUGUAAUACUCGAAGUGAGUAUUGUAAAUGAUGUGAGACUGAUGACAAUAGAUCAUUAGAUCAAACAUAACUUGAUCCCUGUUGUACAAGUACAGCAUUGGAAGCUGUCAGCCGUCGUGACCUCGUGCAGCAUCUGGCUGGCUGCAGGAGGAGGGGAGUGCUGUUAUAGCUCUGGUGAUGGGGUGGAGUUAUUACAGCUAGCAACAUGUGGUUAGUGGCUGAACAGCAUCAAUCUCCAUCCUUCCCCUUUUAAAUGCAACACACUCGUCAAACAUGGGGUGGCAUGCACAUGUUAAACAUAUUCCCCAUAUGUGUCUGGGGGUCGACUCACACGGCCUGAGCGCGUGCGAACCAAACCCGCCCCCCCCCCCAUCGAUCGAGAAAAGGAGAACGAAGACCAGGAGGCGAGGACGUCCCCGAACCCGUCUGUGGAGACCGAAAGGGGAAGAUUUUAUGGGUGAGGCCCCGUUGUUAGUGGUAAACGAGAGCCGCGGAGGGGUGGGAGGCAUACGGGAGCGAGGGGUGGACGCAGGAGAUGGCGACUGGAACUGGAGCGGAGGAGCAUAUGGACCAGUGGGUGAUGGUCGUGGAUCUCUCACAGCAAGAAGAUGUUGUCUGCUUCUGCGGUAAACAGUUCCAUCACAAUCAACAAUGUACGACCGUGGCUCGUCAGCCGAGUUUAUCGCAGUGGCCAAGCGGGAGUGACCAGUCGUGGUGCGAAGGUGGACGACCUGCCCAGGCAGUAGAGGCUGGAGCGGUUUGCUAGAACGGUCAUGGGACCGCUUCUGUAUGUCUUUCUUCUCUUGGGGUCUCUGGACAUUAGCAGGUUUGAGCACUCGGGGGAUCAGCUGUUGUUGUGCAAUGGGAAUCGGAGAUCUUGUCAAGCGAGACAUCAAGCGUUGAGCCGGUGAGCCCAGGGCACCAUCCCGGGCAAUGUUCCGGAGAUUCAGCAGGUCCAGGUAAAUGUCCAAAUGUAAAAUAUACGUGCACGCUCCAUCAAGUGCUUUGUGCUUCUGACGGGGCGUUCAGCGAGUCCGUUGCUCUGUGGAUACUCUGGACUGCUUGUGAUGUGCUGAAAGUUCCAUCGAUCAGCAAAAAGCUUGAACGUGUGGCUGCUGAACUGGGGGCCAUUUUCGGUUUGCAGGCUUACCGGAGUCCCAUAGGCAGAGCAGUGUUGUUUCAUCUUCCGUAUGACAGACUCGGACGUGAGGGAGUGUAGCUGGUCGAUCUCGAACCAAUUGGAGAAAGAGUCGACGAGAACGAGAUAGUGUUUGCCGCACCACUCAAAGAUGUCUGCCGCCAGCGACGUCCAGGGCAGUGCUGGCGGGGGUUGUUGUAGGAGGCUGUUGCAGGCGGGGCAUGAGGCUACGCGAUCCUGGAUGUAUUUUGCAAUCCCCGGCCAGUAAAAGAGAUCGCGGGCACGAGUGAGCGUGGCGUCAGCUCCGGGGUGGCCGCUGUGUGCCUCCGUGAAGUACUCGUCUCUUAGCGACGAGGGCACCACCACUUUGUGGCCCUUGACGACGACACCGUCUUGCACAACCAGUUCGUCACGGAAGAGGAAGAACGGCUGCAUCGCCAUGGGCAUGUUGGAUAUCUUGUCAGGCCACCCUGUCUUGAUAACGGACGAUAGGACUUGAAGUGUUUCAUCGGCGGCAGUGUGUGUAGCCAGGGUGCGUAGCUGUCUGCUGGAGACGAAGUUGACCGAGGACCGUGAAGCUUUCUCGCUCGUGUGGGUGUUGUUUGCAGGAGGCCCGUGGGGCCCGAGAGAGGGCAACGGCAAGGUGCAUGUCUUUGCCCUUCUUGUAAGUAAUCGUGAAGUCAUAACCCUGCAAUUGCAGCAUCAUGCGUUGAAGGCGAGCGGGAGCGGCAUGAAUGGGCUUAUCAUGAUCCCACUUCUACACCAUGUAAAUGAUGUGAGACUGAUGACAAUAGAUCAUUAGAUCAAACAUAACUAUAAUCACUGUUGUACAAGCACAGCAUUGGAAGCUGUCAGCCGUCGGGACCUCGUGCAGCAUUUGGCUGACUGCAGGAGGAGGGGAGUGCUGUUAUAGCUCUGGUGAUGGGGUGGAGUUAGUAAAGCUAGCAACAUGUGGUUAGUGGCUGAACAGCAUCAAUCUACAAGUAUUGUGCCGUGUUCUCCUCUGCCUCAAUUCCUCCCCAUUGGCUACAAAUUAUUGCCCCCAUCACCAGACCCUCAUCUCUCUACUGUACAUUUGACUCACUCCACCUUUCGCAACAGGCAUUAUAUCCCAUUCCCAACCUGUUCCAGUUAUCCAUUUGUUUAAGAAAGAACUGCAGAUGCUGGAAAAAUCAACGGUAGACUAAAAUGCUGGAGAAACUCAGCGUGUGAGGCAGCAUCUAUGGAGCAAAGGAAUAGGUGACUUUUCGGGUCGAGACCCUUCUUCAGACUGAUGUUAUCCAUUUGUUCACUUCAUUUUCCUCGCACCUCUUCUGACUCAUUUCCUCUGACUUCCAGCACCUUUUCUAUCCUUCCCAUUUAUCCCGACCCACAUCCUUCUCCCAUCACUGUCCUGUCCCCUUUCCCUCUACUCCCCAUCGUCCUUCUUUGUACCUCUGCCUCCCCCCAUUCCCUCUUGACCUUCCCCACCAAAGUUCCACAUCCUACAUCAUUUAACUUUCCUUCUUCAUCUUUGCACACACUUUCCAUUCACAUUUAUCCCCAUUGGUUCUUUUCAUUCCUCCAUCUAUACUUCCGCUGCCCACAAUCCAAAGAAGGCCUCUGUCCUCCAACAUUGAUUUGUGCUCUGGACUUUCCGUGUACUCUCCAUGCACCAAUUUAGCACACUAUUCUCCACAUAUUCUUGAUAUAUACCAGGAUAAUUUUAUUCCCGAUUGCAAGUAGUAUUCUAUUACUUUACAAGAUAACUUGAUUUCUAAAUAUUAUUAAGAGUCAUGUACAUAGAUGUAUUUGCAAAUUUUCAUUGUUGCUUUCAUAUUUUAUUGAACUAUAGCAAAGUACAAAAUCGAAAGCCUAUAAAUACUACAAUUUGAACAAACUAUCAAUGGAUAACUCACCAUAGAAUUGAAAACAGCUUGGUUAAAUUAUUUUGUUGUAAUAUUACUUUCUCAUCUGACUAUAAUAGAUUCUGAUGUGAAAUACAGCUAAUAAAUUAAAUAAAUUAGAUUAUUAUUCUGCAUCAUCACAGUGAUGAGUUUCCAGCAUCACAGUGCACAUCAUGGGACUCUGUUGAUGACUUCAAUCCUAUCUACUAUUCUUUCCAGUCUCAUUAUUACAUUUCAAUCACUGAUUUAAGACUGUAAACAAAUUCCACAGCUGGACUCCGAUUUGGAGAUAAUCAUAAUCAUAAUUUAUUCGCCAAGUAUGUUUUGCAACAUAUGAGGAAUUUAGUUUGCCAUCCAGUCAUACCAAAAGAGCAACAAGACACACAACUACACAAAAAUUUGACAUAAACAUCCACCACAGCGGCACCUUCCCAUUCCCCGCCGUGAUGGAAGGCAAUAAAGUCUUAUCUUCUUUCCUCCAAUUGCCCCGAACCAUCCACAGUCGGGGCGAUCAAAACACCCAUGAUCGGGGCAGUUGAAGCUCCCACGGCUUGGAGCUCCCGAAGCCAGUCUCUAACCAGAGACAGCGAGCUCCACGAUGUUAAAGUCCGUGGGUUGCCGCAGUUGGAGCUCCGAGAUCAAUCCCUGGCUAAGGGAUCGCGAGCUCCAUGACGUUAAGUCCACAGGCUCUCAUGGUUGGAUCUCCCAAGGUCCCAGCAAUAGGCCGCUAGCUCCACGAUAUUAGGCCGCAGUGCGGACGGAGAUACGACAGAAAAAGUCGCAUCUUCGUUGAGGAAAGAGAUAAAAAAAGUUUCCCCCACCUCCCCCCACAUAACACAAAACUAAAAAUAAACUAAAACAUACAUUUUACAACAAACUAAAAACAUGAAGGAAAAAGAUAGACCGAUAGACCGUCGGCAAGGCAGCCAUCGUACGGCACCCCCUGUUUUCUCAUUACUAACCUCAUGGAAAAUAAUGUGCAAAUUUGUUGUGUUUAGACUUACAGGUUUUUUUGUGCUAGCGUGUACUUCUACAUUUGACACUGGAAUUGAAAUAUUUGUGAUACUGUUAUAUUGUACUUUCAUUGCCAAUUUUCUCUGCUUCAGUGCAGGAAUUUCAAAAUGUACUCCUAUUAUAAAAUACAAAAUGUUUAACAAAGUAGGAAACUGUAUAUUUAGUAAUUCCAAAAUAUAUUCCUGAAAUACAGGUAUAUGAAAAUAUAAAUGUUAAUUUUCAGCCACACAAUAUUUACAAACUGGUAAACUAAAGUUACAUUAUUUAAGUAAAAGUUGAAAAAUUCUGAUAACUUUUAAGUGAUAAGACGAAGUUUUUUUUACAUACAGAAUCAUACUGUAAAAAUGAAGCUAUUUAACUUAUCUCAUCCUUCUGACAUUGAAAAAGCUUUACAAUUUCCCUUGUUCUUCCCUCUCAUCCCUGCAAAGUUUCCCAAGUUUGUAUCCAAUUCCCCAAUGGAAGUCAGUUGAAUCUAAAGUGUACAGCAAGGUAUGUUUUGCCUUCCAAAAACUCAUCAAAUAUGGCCAUUCCACAUCAAAGUUGCCAUGUUCAUUAAAUAAUUGAAUAAAUAUUUAAAUGAUAUAGAAAUAAAAUAUUAGAAUAAUUGUACUUUCUAGUCAUUACUUAUUUGUAGAUAUGUGGUUAAAAUGAUAGUCAACUCCUAGCUGUAAAUGCCUUUUCUAAAAUAUAUUGCAACUUUGAAAUAUAUGGUAUAUCUUUAAAGUGGCAAACUGAUAUUUUUUUCACCAGUAAGCCGUCAUAUUUUCAGCUUAAUAACAAAUGCUAGUAGACAACUGUACCAUGAAAACUAAACCAAGUCAUUCCGUUUGAAAGUGAUUUGGUUUGCUCUUGUUUAUGCACAUGUAACAAGUAGAAAAGCUGUUCUCCAGAGCAUGUCAGGAUUGUUUUUAUAAUCUACCUUGGCCCUACAAAUGAUCGUAGAAAGACGUUUUCUGCAAAUGUACGUAAUAAGAAUGUGAAAUGACGCAAGAGAAACUCAUCAUAUCUUUGGAAAAUUCUCUAUUUUCACGUAAUGGACGAAAGCUUGAAAUUCCUUUUAUUAUGUUUACAGUUUCCAGCUCUGGGUAUGUGUAAAAGUCCAUAUGUUGUAUUUUGAAAACUUAAGUGUGCACACAAAGUGUAUUGUUUGUAAUUAAUAUUUCUGAAAAUUAGUUGUCAAUGAAUAAAAUUGUAUUGUUUUCCCAUGA